AUGCGCAAGAGAAAGUUCAACCGAAGAUAUUUUCCACACAUUCUUCUCGGCUCAUUUUUUCUGAGCUGCUUUGUUGUUCUCAAUUAUGAUUAUGUUUCUUCUUUUGAGAAGCAGAACUAUUACCAAAUUGUGGAUGGCGAAUGCACUGCAGAGUUUAUGCCAACAACUUGGCGUAGUAACUUUUUAGCCGGCAAAAAGUGGCAUGUUGGCCAUUUGAAAAUACCUAGUUGCCCAAAAGGAGAGACGCGACUUACAGUGAUCAUCAAAACUGCCAUAUCGAACCAUGAAAGCCGAGAUAUUCUUCGAAAUUACUAUCUGAAAGUCAAAAGAAAACUGCGAGAAGAAAAUGGUAUCGAGUUGAGUCACUUUUUCGUCGUCGGUUACCGAGAAGAUUCAACUGUUGAGAACGCUGACGAUAUUAUUAUUGGGAAUUUCGAGGAUACUUAUGCGAACUUGCCCUACAAAACAAAAGCGGCUUACGAGUACUUUACUUUAUGCGAAAACAAGGAAGAGAACCAGAACGAGCAAAGUACGCUUAUCAUCCACGACGAUGAUACUUGGGUGAAUGUUGUCGAGAUAGUGAAAUUUUUUGAACUUGGAAAAAGUGGACUUCCUUACAAUGAGCUCUACGGGAACCACCGCCUCGAAGUUUCCGUCGAAAACUAUUGGAUGGACGAAAAGGGCUUCGAUAUCAACGAAGAAAUCUGGCCCUAUUCCUUUUGGCCAAAUUACAUCAGUGGACCUUGCGUAAUUAUGUCUUCAGUGGCAGCUAAGAAGAUCUCUUCGUCGGCCAGUGAGUUUGAUAUAAUUCCGCAAAUACCUGUCGAAGACGCUGUGUACACUGGAAUCUUGCGAGUAAAGAACUGCCUCAAACUAGGAAGAUUGGGAUGGCUCUAUAACAAUCAUCAAAAAUACUGUGUUCAUACGGAAAAUCAGAUUGAAAAACUCCAAGCAAAAAUUGAUAAAACUUUAUCAUCCUUGAACCUUCUAUAA